CCGGCGGGAAUUUUUCAAAAUGGGAGCACGGAGGCGCCGCCCAGGCCUCUGGAGGUACCGGGGGUACUUUUCGGUGGCGUUGGCGGCGUCGCCAGCAGCGGCGGCAUAGAGAAGGCAGCCUAAUGGGCGCCAAGACCUGCUGGCUUCUCGGAGCGCUGCCUCGGAGGGACUGCGAGACGGCCGAGUCCCGGGCGCCGGCGGCCCGGGAACAUGGCGGCGUGCAUUGGGGAGAGGAUCGAGGACUUUAAGGUUGGAAAUCUGCUCGGGAAAGGAUCAUUUGCUGGUGUCUACAGAGCUGAGUCCAUUCACACCGGUUUGGAAGUUGCAAUCAAAAUGAUAGACAAGAAAGCCAUGUACAAAGCUGGAAUGGUGCAGAGAGUCCAAAAUGAGGUGAAAAUACAUUGCCAGUUGAAACAUCCAUCUGUCUUGGAGCUCUAUAAUUACUUUGAAGAUAGCAAUUAUGUAUAUCUGGUAUUGGAAAUGUGCCAUAACGGAGAAAUGAACAGGUAUCUAAAGAACAGAAUGAAACCUUUCUCAGAAAAUGAAGCCAGGCACUUCAUGAACCAGAUCAUCACAGGAAUGUUGUAUCUUCAUUCUCAUGGCAUAUUACACCGGGACCUCACACUUUCUAACAUCUUACUUACACGUAAUAUGAACAUAAAAAUUGCUGACUUUGGACUAGCAACGCAGUUGAAAAUGCCACAUGAGAAGCACUAUACACUAUGUGGAACUCCUAAUUACAUUUCACCAGAAAUUGCAACUCGGAGUGCACAUGGACUUGAAUCUGAUAUUUGGUCAUUGGGCUGUAUGUUUUAUACAUUACUUAUUGGAAGACCACCUUUUGACACUGAUACAGUAAAAAACACAUUGAAUAAAGUAGUAUUGGCAGAUUAUGAAAUGCCAGCCUUUUUGUCACCUGAGGCCCAGGACCUUAUCCACCAGUUACUUCGUAGAAACCCUGCAGAUCGGUUAAGUCUCUCUUCUGUGUUGGACCAUCCUUUUAUGUCACAGAAUCCUUUAACAAGAAGUAAAGACUUGGGGACUGUAGAGGACUCCAUGGAUAGUGGGCAUGCCACACUUUCUACAACAAUUACAGCUUCUUCUGGCACCAGCUUAAGUGGUAGCUUACUUGACAGAAGGAGACUUUUGAUUGGUCAACCACUUCCAAAUAAAUUUACUGUAUUUCAAAAAAAUAAAAAUUCAAGUGACUUUUCUUCAGGAGAUGGAAGUAGUAGUUGUACCCAGUGGGGAAACCCAGAGCAAGAAACUAGUACUAGGGGACGGGGAAGAGUAAUUGAAGAUGCCGAGGAAAGGCCGCAUUCUCGAUACCUUCGCAGAGCUCAUUCCUCUGAUAGAUCCAGCACUUCUAAUCAGUCUCAUGCAAAAACGUACUCAAUAGAACGAUGUCACUCAGUAGAAAUGCUUUCAAAGCCCAGAAGAUCACUGGAUGAAAACGAACACAGUUCCAAUCAUCAUUGUCUAGGAAAAACUCCUUUUCCAUUUGCAGACCAGACCCCUCAGAUGGAAAUGGUCCAACAGUGGUUUGGGAAUCUGCAAAUGAAUGCUCAGUUAGGAGAAAGUAAUGAGUACAACCCCAUCAGCCCAAACAAGGAUCUCCAGGGCUUUCCAGAUCUUCAGGACACAGUAAGAAAUGCCUGGACUGACAUGAGAGCCAGCCAGAAUGCCGGUGCUUCUUCUGAUGUGCAUCCUGUAAUGAAGUACACGACUGCACACCACAGCAAGCCUGAGCUCAUGCCACAGGAGCCAGCUGUACAUCGUUCUGAACAAAGCAAGAAUGGGAGCAUGGAGUCAGCACUGGGGCACCAAAAACCUACCUUACGAAGCAUCACAUCUCCUUUGAUUGCUCACAGAUUAAAACCGAUCAGACAGAAAACCAAAAAGGCUGUGGUGAGCAUCCUUGAUUCAGAGGAGGUGUGUGUGGAACUUCUCAAAGAGUGUGCAUCUGAAGGACUCGUGAAAGAAGUUCUUCAGAUAUCUAGUGACGGGACUAUGAUCACUGUUUAUUACCCAAAUGAUGGAAGAGGCUUUCUUCUUGCUGAUAGACCACCCUUGCCAAAUGACAAUAUCAGUAGAUACAGCUUUGACAAUUUACCAGAAAAGUACUGGCGGAAAUAUCAGUAUGCUUCCAGAUUUAUUCAGCUUGUAAGGUCUAAAACUCCCAAAAUCACUUAUUUUACAAGAUAUGCUAAAUGUGUUUUGAUGGAGAAUUCUCCUGGUGCUGAUUUCGAGGUCUGGUUUUACGAUGGAGCCAAAAUACAUAAAACAGAAGAUUUAAUUCAUGUGAUUGAAAAAUCUGGGAAAUCUUAUACUUUAAAAAAUGAAAAUGAAAUUACCACCUUGAAAGAGGAAAUAAAAAUAUAUGUGGACCAUGCUAACGAGGGUCACCGUGUUUGCUUGGCACUGGAAUCUGUAAUCUCAGAAGAGGAAAGGAGAAGCAGGAGCUCUUCAUUCUUCCCAAUCAUUGUAGGAAGAAAACCUGGUAAUACUAGUUCACCUAAAGCCUUAUCACCACCUGUGGAGCCAAGCUGCUCGAAAGGAGAGCAAGCAGCAUCUAGUAGAUUGAGCAUGAAUAGUGCGGCUUUUCCAACACAGGCACCAGUAUUCAAUCCUUCUACUGUGACAGUUGAAGGACUUGGCCACACAGCCACUGCUACAGGAACAAGCUUCUCUUCUUCAAGUCUUCCUAAAUCAUCCCAGCUUUUGAAAUCUGUUUUUGUGAAAAAUGUUGGUUGGGCCACACAGCUAACUAGCGGAGCUGUAUGGGUUCAGUUUAAUGAUGGGUCACAGUUGGUUGUCCAAGCAGGAGUAUCUUCCAUCAGUUACACAUCACCAGAUGGUCAGACAACUAGGUAUGGAGAAAAUGAAAAAUUACCAGAAUACAUCAAACAGAAAUUACAAUGUCUUUCUUCCAUCCUUCUGAUGUUCUCUAAUUCAGCUCCUAAAGUCCUUUAAGAUGUCUGUAUUUAAUAAAUGACUUUUUCGUUGGCUUUCAAGUGAUUUCUUUUUAAUCUACUCUAACUUCAGAAAGCCUUUCUUUAAACAGAAUUUUAAUCUAUACCAUUAAAAAAAAUAUGCUAAGAAAACAAAAUUUUAGUUACCAAAUAUAGUGGUCAUAAAAUAAAGUAGGCCAUCUAAUUUUGCUCUAAAUAAUAUAAUCCUUCAAACUUUCUGUGUUCCUGUUUUGAACUAAGUUGUGUGCGUUUUGUUUUCUGUACUAAUAAGAUUAAGAAUCAUGAACAAAAUAUGCUAUAUAGUUUUGCAGUUUUGAAUAUGUAAAUAAUGUAUGUAUAAGCAUUUUGUAAAUGUAUAUUUUAUAUUUAUUUUUAUAGCACUUGUGUCUGAUAAAACGUUU